GGUCUUCUUUCUCUGCUUCUCUCUCUCUCUCUCUCCCUCUGGUUGCUCAUUAUUCAGAGAGAGACACACGGAAGGGCUGAGUGAGUGAGUGAGUGAGUGAGGCAGAGAGGGAGAGAGAGAGAGAGACGGAUAUCUCAGGUCAUCUGCAGCUGCAGCAAGCCAGCGAAGGAGAGAGAGAGAGAGAGGGAGGGAGAGGGGAAAGAGAGAGAGAGAGAGGAAAAAAAAGCAGGGAAAAAGAUGGCGAUCCUCCAUUGCUGAGACCUGGCAAGGCGCACAUGAGACAGGCAAAAACAACUUCCACAACAAUUGCAAGGAGGAGGAGGAGGAGGAGGUGGAGGAGGAGAAGAAAGCGAGGACAGCGAGGAGGAAGAGGAGAAGGAGGAAGAGGAGGAGGAGAAGAAGAAGGGGGAGCCGCGGACCGGGACCUUUCUGAUUUCCUAAUGUAAGAUUUACCAACAAGAACUAUGGAGGUGCUGCAGUGUGAUGGCUGUGAUUUUCGAGCACCAUCCUACGAAGAUCUUAAAGCUCAUAUUCAGGAUGUCCACACCGCAUUUCUGCAGCCCACAGAUGUUGCUGAGGAAACUCCAAAUCAGUCAAGGUUCAGUUCCAUGAAUAGCAAUGACCAGCCUGAGGUGGAAUAUUCUUCUGUAAAAGACGAAUUUGCAAUCGCAGAUGAAAUAGCAGGGCAAAAUGCAGCUCAGCUGGGGACAGCAAAUUACUACAGCCAUAGCCAGAAUUAUUAUGGCCAACAUAUGCUCUCCAAGCCAGCAAACAAAUUUUUCCAGUGUAAAUUUUGUGUGCGCUACUUCAGAUCCAAAAACCUUCUCAUAGAACAUACACGAAAAGUUCAUGGUGCUCACGCUGGGGGAUCGUCAGCUGGAUCGCCUGGUGCUGGCUCCAUGAAUUACAACAUCAUGAUGCAUGAGGGAUUUGGUAAAGUUUUUUCUUGCCAGUUCUGCACCUAUAAAUCACCAAGACGUGCAAGGAUUAUCAAACACCAGAAGAUGUACCACAAGAACAGCCUGAAAGAGAGCUCCACCCCUCCUGCCACUUCAGCAGCAUUGUCUGAAUCAGCAUGUACAUCUGUGUCGGUGCAAGACUCAUGCAAGGAGCUUCCAGCUGAAGUUGUAGAACGCAGUAUCUUGGAGUCAAUGGUCAAGCCUUUAACCAAGUCAAGAGGCAACUUCUGUUGUGAAUGGUGCAGCUAUCAGACGCCUCGAAGGGAACGCUGGUGUGACCAUAUGAUGAAGAAACAUCGCAGCAUGGUGAAAAUACUUUCAAACCUGAGGCAGCAACCGGAUGGGACCAAUAUGCCAGAAGGCUCAAGCAAAGGUCCACCAAGCCCCACCCCAAACUCCAACUAUGUCCCCAUGAAUGCUUCUGGACGCGAGAUGCCCAAUGCAAAUGUCACAAACUACAGAGGUUCUAUGAACAAUUCCCUUGGCAGGUCCAACUCCUCCUCAAAAUUUUCUUCUGUUUCUUACCCACAUUUGAAGCAUAAGGCAUCUCAUAACUCGGGCAUUGUUAAUUUGUCUGACAGAUCUCAAUAUGGGAUUGGUGACAUGGCAAAUUCUUCUGCUGAUAUGGAUACAAACAGUAUGCUAAAUGACUCCAGUUCUGAUGAUGAGUUGAAUGAACUUGAUAGUGAGAAUGGGUUGAACUCUAUGGAUCACCAAAGCUCAGGAUUAAGUGCAGAGCAGCUGAUGGGAUCUGAGGGCCACAAGUUAUUGGAAACAAAGGGCAUCCCAUUUAGAAGGUUUAUGAAUAGGUUCCAGUGUCCUUUCUGCCCUUUCCUUACCAUGCAUCGGCGAAGCAUUUCCCGCCAUAUUGAAAACAUCCAUCUAUCAGGCAAGACGGCAGUAUACAAAUGUGAUGAAUGUCCUUUCACUUGUAAGAGCUCCUUCAAACUUGGAGCUCAUAAACAGUGUCAUAGUGGUGCAGCAUCGGACUGGGAUGCAGUGAAUUCCCAAACUGAAAGUAUAGCUUCUUCUUUAAAUGAAAGCACAGUAUCCUAUGAAGGGGGUAAUAUAAAUGGCAGGAAAUCUGGGGGAAUGAUAGAUUCCAUGCAGCAACAGUCUCCACAAUCCAACUCGCAGCAUCCAUAUAAAUGUACCAUGUGCAAUUAUUCCACAACCACCUUGAAAGGUCUUCGAGUUCAUCAACAACACAAACACUCGUUUUGUGACAACUUACCAAAAUAUGAAGGCGCUUCAUCAAAUACUCCACAAGACAGUGAACCUGAUACUCUUGCCUCUCCUAGCACUGUGAAGAAAAGCCAGACCUCAAUUCUUGGACUGUCGUCUAAAAAUAAUUUUGUAGCUAAAGCCUCUAGGAAGAUGUCCAAUGACUUUCCUCUCGACCUGUCACCAGUAAAAAAGAGAACUAGAAUUGACGAGAUAGCAAGCAACUUGCAGAGCAAAAUCAGUCAAAACAAGCAGCAGGAAGAUUCAGUAAUUAACGUAGAGGACGAAGAGGAGGAGGAGGAAGACAAUGAAGUUGAGAUAGAAGUAGAACUAGACAAAGAGGAAGAACAAGCAGAACCACUGAUGGAUAUAUCGUCAUUCACUUCCCAGCAAAUGUGGGGGAGAGAUACUAGUGACACCCAGAAAGAUUCCAGCUAUAGGAAUAUCGCCCAUGAAUAUAAUUCCACUAAUGGGGCAGAAAUUGAGCUCACUAUAUCUGAGGAUGAGGAGGACUAUUACUGUUCUUCAAUGGGCUUGAAGGAUCAGGGUCUGAAUUCAUCGGUUUUGGGCAGCCAGUCAAGUAUAUAUGGAUCUGAUCAAAAUAAUGAUAAUUCUGAUUAUGGUGAUUCUGGGCGGCUUUACUACUGUAAACACUGUGACUUCAGCAACAAGUCUGCCAGGAGUGUUAGCACUCAUUACCAGCGGAUGCAUCCCUACAUUAAAUUCAGCUUUAGGUACAUACUGGAUCCUAAUGAUCACAGUGCAGUGUACAGAUGCCUUGAAUGUUACAUUGAUUAUACAAACUUUGAAGACUUGCAACAACAUUAUGGUGAGCAUCAUCCUGAAGCAAUGAAUGUACUAAAUUUCGAUCAUUCUGAUUUGAUCUAUCGUUGUCGCUUUUGCUCUUACACCAGCCCGAAUGUUAGGAGUUUAAUGCCCCAUUACCAAAGAAUGCACCCAACAGUGAAAAUUAACAAUGCAAUGAUAUUCUCAAGCUAUGUAGUUGAGCAGCAGGAAAGUCUAAACGCAGAAUCUCAGACUUUGAGAGAGAUCUUGAACUCAGCUCCCAAAAGUCUGGUUAGUUCGACCCCGGUUGCGCGUGGGACUGGUGUACCUGGUGCUUUUAACAAAAAUUCUCCAAAAAGCAACAGCCCAGAAUCUGAAAGCCAGAAGGAAUCAUCAGUAAAUAGUGUUGUAGUUUAUGACUGUGAUGUAUGUCAAUUUGCAAGUCCUAACAUGCAUUCUGUUCUAGUGCAUUACCAGAAAAAACAUCCAGAAGAAAAGGCUUCCUACUUCAGGAUUCAGAAAACGAUGCGUGUCGUGUCUGUUGAAAGGGGCUCCGCUCUGGCUCAGAUGGCGUAUGAAAUGGGAUCCCCUGUUUCCCCCAAAAUGUCCAACAUGUCUUCACAGCUUCAGCCUCCGCCACCUCCAGACCUUAUCACAGAGCUUUACUAUUGCAAACAUUGCUCUUAUAGCAAUAGGUCAGUAGUUGGAGUACUAGUGCAUUACCAGAAAAGACAUCCAGAGAUAAAAGUGACUGCAAAAUACAUUAGACAGGCACCUCCCACUGCAGCGAUGAUGAGAGCUGGAGAUAUACCUCCUGGCAUCCAUAGACCACCAACAUCUAUGCAACAGCAUAAUAGAGGCAAUUCUGGGAGAGCUGUAGCUUCCUCAGAGAAUGAGAUGUUCUUCUGCCAGCACUGUGAUUAUGGAAACCGGACUGUGAAAGGCGUGCUCAUACAUUACCAAAAGAAGCAUCGUGAUUUCAAAGCCAAUGCCGAUGUGAUUAGGCAGCAUACUGCCACAAUCAGAAGCCUUUGUGAUCGUGGCCAGAAAAACUCCCCUGGUAGCAUUCAUACACAGGCUUCCAAUGCUGAGCAAGAAAAGGCAAAGCUGAGAGCUCUCAAAUGCCGGCAAUGUUCUUACACAUCACCUUAUUUCUACGCCCUAAGGAAGCACAUUAAAAAGGACCACCCGAGCUUGAAGGCCACAGUCACAUCUAUUUUGCGAUGGGCCUUUCUGGAUGGCCUAAUAGAAGCUGGUUAUCAUUGUGAAUGGUGUAUCUACUCUCAUGCUGAGCCCAGCGGCUUACUCGUGCAUUACCAAAGGCGACAUCCUGAGCAUUAUGUGGACUAUACUUAUAUGGCAACAAAACUCUGGGCAGGGCCAGAUCCUUCACCGCCAGCCAUGUUGAUACCCUCAGAGAUGAAAACGUACAAAUGCAGGGACUGCAUUUUUGAAGCAUCUUCCAUUUGGGACAUCACUAAUCACUACCAAGCUUUUCAUCCAUGGGCUAUGAAUGGGGAUGAAUCUGUAUUGCUAGAUAUCAUUAAGGAGAAAGAUGCUGCCGAUAAAGGUGACGAUGCUAGUGCCAGGUUAAAUUCAGAGGACCAGAUGUCAGGAACACCGUUGGACCAGGAUACUGAAUAUGCAGGAGAUUCAAACCUUUCCCAAGACAAAGCAAUCCAGCUCACUUCUGUGAAUCCUGCAAUAUCUUCAACCCCAUACCAGUGCACAGUGUGCCAAUCAGAAUACAACAACUUGCAUGGCCUUCUAACUCACUACGGCAAAAAACAUCCUGGAAUGAAAGUGAAAGCUGCAGAUUUUGCACAGGACAUCGAUAUUAAUCCAGGUGCUGUGUACAAAUGUAGGCAUUGCCCAUACAUCAAUACACGUAUCCAUGGUGUUCUCACACACUAUCAGAAAAGGCACCCUUCAGUUAAGGUCACCGCAGAAGAUUUUGUACAUGAUGUGGAGCAACCUGCUGACAUGACCCAGAAUGAUGUGGAAGAGACCAGUAGGAUUUUCAAGCAAGGGUAUGGUGCUUACAGGUGUAAGUUGUGCCCUUAUACACACGGCACUUUAGAGAAACUCAAAAUCCAUUAUGAAAAAUAUCAUAACCAGCCUGAAUUUGAUGUGUUUGCACAGUCACCUCCCAAGUUUCCAACAUCCAUAGAACCUGAACUAGUAACUGAAAUGAAGCCCUCCCCAGAAAUCCCACCUGAAGAGAUAAUCGGAGAGGACAUUAUGUCCCCUUCCCACUUUUCAAGUUCCCAUUUGGUUUCUCACACUGUAUUCCGGUGCCAGCUCUGUAAGUAUUUUUGCUCCACGAGGAAAGGCAUAGCGAGGCACUACCGAAUAAAGCACAACAAUGUGCGGGCCCAGCCAGAAGGCAAGAACAACCUCUUUAAAUGUGCGUUGUGUUCCUACACAAAUCCUAUCCGAAAAGGUCUGGCUGCACAUUAUCAGAAGCGUCAUGACAUUGACGCAUACUAUACCCAUUGCUUAGCAGCCUCAAGGACUGUAACUGACAAGCCCAAUAAAGUAAUUAUUCCAUCGCCCCAGAAGGAUGAUUCUCCUCAGCUAAGUGAGGAACUGAGAAGGGCUGUGGAGAAGAAGAAGUGCUCUUUGUGCUCCUUCCAGUCCUUCAGCAAAAAAGGAAUCGUGUCCCAUUACAUGAAACGCCACCCAGGAGUGUUCCCGAAGAAACAGCAUGCAAGCAAGUUGGGGGGUUACUUCACUGCUGUGUACGCUGAUGAGUAUGAAAAGCCGGAGCCUUCCCCUGAGGAGAAGAAUGAUUUUGAGAAGCUGGAGGUUGAGGUUGAGGAGCCGGUGCCGGUGCCGGAAAUGGAGUGGCUUCCCUUCCGGUGCGUUAAGUGUUUCAAACUCUCCUUCAGCUCAGCUGAGCUCCUGUGCAUGCAUUACACCGAGCACCACAGCAAGGACUUAAAGAGAGACUUUACCAUCCUGGGAAGUGGCGUCCAUUUCCCAGACCCCCUCUACCAGUGCCGGCAUUGUGAUUGUAAAUUGCACAGCAUUGCAGAGCUGACCUCACACUUGAACAGCCACAAUGAGGAAUUCCAGAAGCGUGCCAAACGUCAGGAGAGAAGGAAGCAGCUUCUGAGCAAGCAAAAAUAUGCAGAUGGUGCUUUUGUAGAUUUCAAGCAAGAGAGGCCUUUUGGUAGCUUGGAAGAAAUUUCAAAACUGAAGGAGCGGAAGGUUGUGGGAUACAAGUGUAAAUUUUGUGUGGAAGUUCAUCCAACUCUACGAGCCAUCUGCAACCAUCUUCGUAAGCAUGUUCAGUAUGGGAAUGGUUCCUCGGUGUCUGCUGCAGUCAAGCAGGAAGUUGAAGAUCCUUCACAUGCAGCUUUCUUGGAGGGUAUUGAGGGAGCCAAAGACCCUGGCAGUGUUGCCACUCUGGAACUUACAGAAGCUGAAUCUGGACCAUCACUGGAAGAUGAAACCAGACCUGGUGGCUACCACUGCAGCCAGUGUGACCGGGUUUUGAUGUCUAUGCAGGGUCUACGAUCGCAUGAGAGGAGCCACAUGGCACUGGCCAUGUUUACUCGUGAAGACAAGUACAGCUGCCAGUAUUGCUCCUUUGUCUCAGCUUUCAGGCACAAUUUGGAUCGCCAUAUGCAAGCUCACCAUGGACAUCAUAAACCAUUCCGCUGCAAACUCUGCCCAUUCAAGUCCUCGUAUAAUAGCCGGCUGAAAACUCAUCUGCUCAAAGCUCAUGCUGGUGAACAUGCCUACAAAUGCUCCUCCUGCUCAUUUUCCACCAUGACAGUCAGCCAGCUGAAAGAGCACUCCCUGACAGUGCAUGGGAAGGCACUGACACUACCAAGACCACGCAUUGUCAGCCUUGUAACCUCGCAUGCUCACCAUGCCUCCAAGAACCACACUACCGCUGAAGAAGUGGAAGACUCUAAUGAAAUGCAAGAUUUUCCUGAGUUGUGUCUGUCCCCGUCCCCCCCACACACAUAUUGGCUACAUCUCUACAAAUCAGAUUCUUCCUACUCAGAGCCUCCAGAUGUCCAGCAGCAAUUGAACCACUACCAGUUAGCAGCCCUGGCAAGGAACAACAAUAACAUUAGCCCUGUCCCGGACCAGAAAGACGAACCCGUCCUUAAUUGUGAAUUUUGUGAAUUCUCUUCGGGUUAUAUUCAGAGCAUUCGGCGCCAUUACCGUGACAAACAUGGUGGGAAGAAGCUGUUCAAGUGCAAAGAUUGUUCCUUUUAUACUGGCUUUAAAUCUGCUUUUACUAUGCAUGUGGAAGCUGGACAUUCAGCAGUUCUUGAGGAAGGACCCAAAGACCUCCGCUGUCCUCUCUGCCUGUACCACACCAAAUAUAAACGGAACAUGAUUGACCAUAUUGUCCUUCAUCGAGAAGAGCGAGUGGUUCCCAUAGAAGUGUGCCGUUCGAAGCUGUCCAAAUACCUGCAGGGAAUUGUUUUCCGCUGUGACAAGUGCACAUUCACCUGCUCCAGUGAUGAGAGCCUACAGCAGCACAUAGAGAAGCACAAUGAGUUGAGACCUUACAAAUGCCAACUCUGCUACUAUGAGACCAAGCACACGGAUGAGCUGGACGUCCACCUCCGAGAUGAGCAUAAAGUGAGUCGCAAUUUUGAACUGGUUGGACGGGUUAACUUAGAUCAAUUGGAACAAUUGAAGGGGAAAGAGGAAAGUUCCAGCAGUGACGAGGAAGAAAAGGAAGAAGAGAUGAGCCCCAAGACUGAUGAGAGAGAGUCCAUGGGGUUCUCAGAGAACGGUCCACCAGAAAAAAGGUUUGCAUGUGAAUUUUGUGGCCGGACGUUUGCAGAGGGCUCCGAGUGGGAAAGGCAUGUACUGAGGCAUGGCAUGGCUGUGAAUGAAAUCAAUCAGGUGAUUAGUGAAGACAGCCAGCUAAAAGAGAACCCAGAAGAGAAUGUGAAGUUACCGUUGGCAGAAGAGAUGGAAAGCAGCAUGUCAAUAGUGGUGGACUUUUCCCACAAGAAUGAACCUGCCGUCUGUAUUGUUGCUGCUGCUGAUAAAUCACUCCAAGAGAAUACAGAGGCCAAAAGUGAAUGAGCACCUGGUGUGAUUUCAGACAACCUACUUGAACAGUGAUGGAUGGGAUGGGGUGGGGAGGGGGACAAGGAAGAAUCAAAGCUGCUUUUAGGACUGAAUGAUCUAUUUUCAAAGCACUGGUACCUGUGUGUGUGCGUGCGUGUGUGUGUGUGCGUGUGUGUUUUUGCGUGUGUGUACAUAUAUUAAAUUUAUUUAAUUGAGGACAACAAAACGAUGUGGCUUCAUGACAUCUCUGCAACUCUUCUGGAUCUUGACAGUGGGACGUUUCCGUUCAAUUGGACUCGAGGAGCAAACUCGCCAAUGCUCUUUGCGUUAUACCGUUGUGCUUUGCCAUGGACACUUUGGAUCAUUUCAAGGAUGGAAGCGUCAUGAGGAUGGAAGAGUGCAGAGGACAAUUUUCAGCGCACAACUUUGGGCGCUUUUUUUCUAAUUUUAAUAUACAUAUGCUUUUCCAGACUGACUGACUGACUGACUCGCUUUAGAAGAAGAAGAAAACAAAACAAAAAAACUGCUUUUUGCUUAAAACAGUCACCUGUUUCCUAGUACCUCAGAAUUAACCAAGGGAAAUAUUAAAAAAAUACAAAUCUCUGCAUUUGUCAGUACUACCUGUUGUUGUUGUGGUUAAAUGUAGAGACAAGACUGCUGAGCAAGAUGGUGAAUGGAAGAAAAACCACAAAGUUUUAAAACAAAAGGAAAACAAAAUUGUGCUCAAAAAUCCCUGUGGGGGUUUUAUUUCUUAAAUACUGUGAUUUUUUAAUUAUUUUAGUAAAAAAAAUACAAAAAAGAAAGAGAGAAAGAGAGAGAAAGAGAAUUCCUAGAUACCUGUCCGUGGCUUGUCAUCUUUUAUUCCAGGUAAGCUGUUUGUUAGCGUUCAGCUAUGAUUUUAGGGUGCGUGUGUGUUGUUGUGGUUUUUUUUAAAAGACUCAUGUGACUGACUAUGUGCCGUUCUUGUUUUGCCCCAUGUCUCCGUCUGCUCAGCCUAAGGGGUUACAAACACAGCACAAUUAAGUUUCGGGUUGUUGGUUUGUUUGUUUUUUCACGUAAAGUAUUGUUACUCCCCACCCUGGCCCUCUACCCACCCAGUAGAUGAUGCUGGGAAGGGGGAUUAGUUUUUGUGAAUAUAAUGGGGGUUUUUAUUCUCUCCCCACUCCUGUUAGUUUCAAACAUGUGAAAAUAGCAAAGAAGUGACUUUUUAAAAAAGAAAAGAGGAAAAACAGAAAGAGAAAACCCCCAUUAAUACUAAAGAACCAAACUUACAGCACAGCUAUGCAGGUUGUGGGCCAAAUGGCUCCUCGUAAUCAUUCUGUUGCUUGUCAGAUUUCAACAUCUCUCACUGGUUUUUAUUUUCGUUCUUACGAAUGGUUGCCUUUUCUUCGUAUGUGGUGCGUCUUGUUUUGGUGCGAUGGGGGAGAAAGGGAGGGAGCUGAUGGCUCUGAAAUUCCCGGCAUUUCGGAAAUUCUGAAAGCAUAAUUUUGAAAGCUUGAGGUGAUCCAGUUCUGUACUAUUUGGAGGUAGAUGGUCUACUCUUUGUGAAUUUCAUGAACAUGCUCCCGUUAGCUCUUCGCAUGAUGGGGAACAGCGAAGCAUAAAUAGGAAUCUACUACAUCCAUGGGGAUUUGAGACUGGUGUUCCUGAAUUCAUGCGAAGUGUCUUCGAACGUUUUGCAUGACCAUGAAUCAGAAGGUCGGGACCCAUGGGGGAAAUGGUCUGAUUGUGAACAAAGGGGUUUCUUUCCAAAAAGUAGAAAGUAUUUGACUGAAACUUAGUUUAGAAAUGCAUGUGUCUCUUUGGGUUGUUCUUCAUUUUCAUUUCUUCUUUUUUGGUUUGGCGCUUUUUUUUAACUUGGAGGGUUGGGGUGGGAAGGGUGGGCACAAGAGGAAGCUGGUGAGAAGUCGAGAGCCAACAGAACUUCUCCUCAAAUUGAUGGCAAACGAAGAGUGGAAAAGGAAACAAAAAAAUGAAAAAUAAUACUGUUGCAUUUGUGAAAUAAGUGCUACUUGAAAAGCAUGGUGUUUUGAUUUUGAGGAUUCAUAUUUUGUGGGGGGUAGGGACCUUUUUUAUUUGGAGGGAGGGACAGUCAUGUGGAAAACACAUUGAAAGGACAAGUAUAAAUACACAUUUUGUGUCUGAAUGUUUUCUUUUAAAUUGGCCUCGUUUCAAAUGUAUUUAAACAGUUCCAUACCUGGAUUGGGUGUUUGUAAUGGUUACCAAAAAUGAAAAAGAUGAAAAAAAAAGAAAUAGAUGACAAAAAAUGAAAUAAAUGAUUGUGACAUGCUUUUAUCACUACUUUAUUUUUCAAAUAACAUGUAAAUAAUGUAAUCCAUUGGAUUUGUUUUGUUUUGUUUUUUGCUAACCUGUUAAUAAAUAUAUGGGACCAUUAUCCUUUUUAACAAGUCUAGAAUGUCAUAUUUUUUCUUGUGUUUCCCCUCCCACCCUCCCAAAUGUAUACCUUGAUAUAUUGUGGACACACAUUUUAGAUGCAUUAUUAUGAUUCUGUUGGCUGUAAUGAUGACCUAGGAUUGAGAAUAACAUUUUUUCAUUUGUUUAAUUUAUACAGAGGACUUUUUCAGAGUUUGACAGAAGGAAAUAAAUAGCAAAAUGAUAA